AUGCCCAUGUGUUCAUGGGGAGCAGUUGCCACUUUCAAAUACUUCUUCUCAGUUUCUUUCUUCUCCUCUUUCUUUUCAUUUUCACCUCUUUGGUUAAUAUCGUUCUUUUUCUGGUCUCUGCAACAUUCCUUUUUUCUUUCUUAUUCGAUCUACUUCCUUCUUACUUUCUUUCUUUUACUUAUUCACUAUACUUCUUUCUCAUUUUCUUUCUUUCUUUCUUAUUCACUCUGCUUUUUUCUCAUUUUCUUUCUUUCUUUCUUUCUUAUUCACUGUUUCUUUCUCAUUUUCUUUCUUCCUUUCUUUCUUUCUCAUUCACUAUGCUUCUUUCUCAUUUUCUUUUCUUUCUUCUUUCUUUUCUGUUUUUUUCUUAGUUUCACUCUUCCUUUCUUUCAUUUUAUUCUUUUUUUUUCUUUCUUUCUUUCUUUCUUCUUAGUCACUUUGCUUCUUUCUCAUUUUUUUCUUUCUUUCUUUCUUUCUUUCACUCUUUUCAUUUUCUUUCUUUUUUCUUUCUUUUCUUUUAGUCUUUCUUCUCAUUUUCUUUCUUUCUGCUUUUUUCUUUUUCUUUUUCUUUUUUCUUUCUUAUUCACUCUUUUUCUUUUUUCUUUCUUUUCUUUUCUUUUUUCUUUCUUUCUUUCUUUCUUUCUUUCUUUCUUUCUUAUUCACUCUGCUUCUUUCUCAUUUCUUUCCUUUCUUUAUUUCCAAUCAUUCAUUUAUUCUUACUCUUGCUAUUUAUUCAUUCUCUCUCUCUCUCUCUCUCUCUCUCUCUCUCUCUCUCUCUCUCUCUCUCAAACACUGUUUUUCUUCACUAAUAUUUACAAAAUCCUACACAAAAGAAUUUUUUCAUAUAUUGGUAUCUAUCUAUCUAUCUAUCUAUCUAUCUAUCUAUCUAUUCUGUGUAUUUAG